AUGUCUUAUCAACAUCAGCAGUGCAAGCAGCCCUGCCAGCCUCCUCCCGUGUGCCCACCCCUAAAGUGCCCUGAACCUUGUCCACCCCCAAAGUGUCCUGCACUACACCAUCCAGAGCCAUGCCAGCAGGAACGCCCUCCUGUGCAACCUCCUCCACCCUGCCAACAGAAGUGUCCACCCAGAAA